GAGCAGGCGAGGCUGAAGAAGAAGCAGAGGGCCUGUGACUACUGUAGACGGAAGAAAAGUAAUGGCGCAGAGAUGCCCGAGCACCGGUGUUCGAGGUGCAUCUCGCAAGGGAUUGACUGCACAUACGAGCCUAUUAACACACGGCCUCCAAGCAAGAGCCAUGUGCAAAUACUGGAGAACCGAUUGCAGAACAUGGAGAAGCUGUUUACCCGGCUUCAUCCCAACCUGUCCAUCCCCAAAGACUUCGACAGUGUGCUCGAGGCUAAUCGCCUCGGGGCACAGGCGGAGGCACCGUCAGUCAAUUCAGUCAUCUUGUCUUCCUGUUCGUCUACCCACUCGACUCGCAGCGGCUUGACUCCGCGGCCACCCGAGCCGGACGCCUCUGUCGACCCCGACGAACUCGAUCCAAGUGAUGACGAGCAGCAAGCCAAGGCCAAUAUACUUCGCGAGUUCAGACAUGGACUCGCACUAGCACCCGGAGGAGCCCUUCAGUACCACGGCAAAUCGAGCAACCUUAUGUUUCUCCAGGCUGUGAUGGAGCUGAAGGACAAAGUGACGAGCAUGAGCUUCGAAGACGCGCCGUCGGAUGCCGGGGGCAAGCAAAUGAGGGAGCGGCUGAGAUUUUCAGAGUCAGUAGAUAGCUCGUUCCAGAUCACGCCAAACGUACUGGUGAAAGAUCCACCACACUCGGACUUUCCACCGCGCGACCUGAUCAACCAACUUGCUGAUGCUUACUGGGACAACCUCGAAAUGUACACACCCCUCCUGCAUCGCCCCACAUUCGACGCAUACCUCGACGAGGGGAAACACCUCACGGACCGCGGCUUUGGCUCCGUCGUCCUUCUUGUCUGUGCUAUCGGGGCCCGUUGGGUAGACGACCCCCGGACGGUCGUCGGACCUCUUCAGUCAGGCUGGCACUGGUUUGAGCGCGUAGACCAGGCUCGGUGGUCGGUCCUCGACCAGACUAAACUCGAGGACCUGCAAGUGUGCGUGCUCACCGUGACAUACCUCAGCGGCUCGCACUCACCUCAGAGCGGCUGGAACAUUAUUGGGCUCGGGAUACGGCUGGCGCAGGACGUAGGUUGUCACCGUAGGAAGAUGUACGAGUCGGGGCCAAGCGUUGAUAGCGAGUUGUGGAAGCGUGCGUUUUGGGCUUUGCUCGCAUUUGAUCGCAUGGGAAGCUUCGGGCUAGGUCGUCCUGCGGCCAUUCACGACGAGGACUUCGACACAGAACCUCUACUUGAAGUGGACGACGAGUACUGGCUCAACGACGACCCGGACUUGUGUUUCAAGCAACCCGAGGGGAAACCGUCCAGAGUUGCAUUCACGAACUGCUUCGCGAGACUGCAGAAGAUUCUCACGUUUGCGUCUCGGACUGUCUACUCCAUCAACCAGUCGAAGCUCAAUCUUGGUUAUGUAGGGGCAAAUUGGGAACAGCGAAUCGUCGCCGAUCUAGACUCCGCCUUGAACAGAUGGAUAGAUACAAUCCCAGAACAUCUGAAAUGGGAGAACCAGUCUUCGGCAGACGAUUUCUUCAUGGGUCAAUCGUCGACACUGUACUCCCACUACUACUUUGCUCAGAUUUGCGUCCACCGACCAUUCAUCCCAUCAGCGAAUAAGCCGUCCCGUCUGCCGUUCCCUUCACUCACCAUCUGCACGAAUGCCGCACGUUCCUGCACCCACGUGCUGGAUAUAUAUUUCCAGCGUGCAGGACGCGCACUAGCAAUGCAGCGGGUACCGUUGUUCACCGCUGGACUUGUGCUUCUUCUCAACAUGUGGGGCAGCAAGAAAGCGGGGCUCCCGUUCAGUUCCAACAUGGACGAUGUGCAGAAGUGUGUGACCAUGCUGAAGUCGCUUCAG